AUGGCCCUUUGUCUGCGCCCAAGGGCCGCGUUCCGCAUGCGGCCGUGCCCUCACCCCCUUCUACAACACUUGCAACCAUCUUCUCUUUCGCAAUGUGUGGCCUCGUCCCGCUCACCGCCCGGUGCUCCCCUCAGUCUACUCCAACCCUUCCUUUCAGAACAAUGCAGGAGUACUCAUAGUAGACGUAACGUCACCUCGACGGCAUACGAGAUCAAGGAAGAAUCACCAGUCACAACAGACAUGUCUCGAACGACGCUGUUGUCCCCCCUCCCCCUUUCCAAUGUGAUCCGUUCGUAUCUGAUCACCUCCGUUUCCUCCAUUCCGAUCCUGCUCCGACCUUCACUAGCCGCCAUGUCCUUCCUCGCACAUACAAAGUCUCCGCUCUUCAACCCGGACCGCAACCCCAUCCUGCACUUCUUGCUCAAAAAGACCUUCUAUGCCCAGUUCUGCGCCGGCGAGACACCGGAAGAAGUCAAGCAGACCAUUGCCAGUUUGAAGAGCAUUGGGUUCAAAGGGGUGAUAUUGGGGCAUGCAAAGGAGGUGGUGCUCAGUAAGGAGGAAGAAGAGGGGCUCGAUCAGGCAAAGGACGCUAUGGAGCAAUCUGAAAUCAAUGCACGUGAGAUCUCUGGCUGGAAACAGAAUACCAUGGACACAAUAAACCUCACCCAGCCGGGAGAUUUUGUGGCGCUCAAAUUUACUGGAGCGGGACGGCAAGCCCUCCAGCACCUCAAAGCAACCAUUGCAUGCUCUCCCGAAUUCGAACAGGCAGUGCAUGACAUGUGCAAGCUGGCUCAGUCAAGAGGAGUAAGGCUUCUUUUCGAUGCUGAGCAAGCGUCCCUGCAACAAGGCAUCGACAAUUGGACCAUGUACUUUGCGAAGAUAUUCAACAAAGAGAGGGCGCUGGUAUUUGGGACAUACCAAGCAUAUGCCAAGAGAACACCUAAAGUCCUUGCAAGCCAUCUCGACGUGGCAAGGAAGGAGGGCUUUGUGCUAGGCGUCAAGCUCGUUCGAGGAGCAUACCUUGGGAGCGAUCCACGAGAGCUUUUCUGGCCAGCCGCCGAAGAUACACACAAAUGCUAUAACAGUCUCGCCAAGAGCAUCAUUCAGCGACAGUACGGAGAGAUGCUCCAGCCAGUGGAAGGAGGUUCAUCCGAGUUCCCUCGAGUAAGCCUCGUACUGGCUACCCACAAUGCCCAAUCUGUCAAGAUGGCCCUUCAGCUACGUGAUGAACAAGCCCGAAAGGGUGAAGAACUGAUCGAAUUGGCAUAUGGACAGCUGAUGGGGAUGGCAGACCACGUCAGUUGUGAGGUUGUACAAGCAGCAAGGGCCCGUGCUAACGCGCAGGAUCCCCACCUGGAGGUUCCGAGUGCAUACAAAUAUUUGGUCUGGGGUAAACUAGGUGAAUGCAUGAAGUAUCUUCUUCGUCGGGCCCAUGAAAACAAGGAUGCUGUGAGCCGGACGGUCGAGGCGAGGCAGGCAUUGGCUCGGGAGUUGGGCAGCAGGCUGGCUUUUUGGCGCUGA